AGAUAAGAACUUUUGUAUGCACCUUAAGCUAUCCGGCAUAACAGAUUCAGCGUUUAAUGGCAUAUAUGAGAAUAGAAAUAUAAGUGUUCAACAUAGGCCUUCAUAUGCCCAUACGAUCGUCCCAGGGAAAUAUCUGUACUACUCAACGACUGGUGUCAUCUGGGUGGUCGACAAUGAUUUUGAUGAUAUGGAUGGUUAUUUUGCACAUUCCCCUGCUGAUUCGGGACUUGAUCCAAUUUCAACACACCCUUGGAAACAGUCGUUGGCUACCUGGAAAGGACAAUAUAGUGCAACAUUGAUUUGCUUAGAUGGGAGCACGUGUAGACGUAUUCAGCUAUCUGGUAUGGAGGUUUCUACGAUGAAUGGCAUAUAUGAGAAUAAUAACAAGAUCAUUGCGAAUAUGCCUAGUUAUACCAAACAGAGUA